UGCCGCUCGGGCCGUAAGCUUGUGUGUUCGUUCGUCGGGUGAUGAUCGCGGUCUCUGACCUAUCGUAGUCAUGAAAUCCGCGCUCCGAAACUUGACGCUACUCUUGUCCCUUUUACCACUUGUUCAAGUUCACGGUCGAAGGGUCAGAAACACGGAGUCGAACGGGAUUUCGGUUCUCGGAGAUUUUAAUCACGAGUCGUCCUUCCCGCGAUUUCCGGAGACUAUUGCGAACGUGACGGUGACAGUAGGCCGAGACGCCCUUCUGGCCUGCGUGGUCGACAACCUGCGUGGCUUCAAGGUGGCCUGGGUACGUGUGGAUACGCAGACGAUCCUCUCCAUCCACCAUAAUGUCAUCACGCAGAACCCUCGCAUAUCCUUGAGCUAUAACGACCAUCGGUCCUGGUACCUGCAUAUCAAGAACGUACAGGAAGCGGACAGGGGUUGGUACAUGUGCCAAGUGAACACGGAUCCGAUGCGCAGCAGGCAAGGCUAUCUCCAGGUCGUAGUACCUCCGAGCAUUGUCGACCGCGAAACGAGCUCCGAUAUGGUUGUUCUGGAAUCCACGAACGUUAGUUUGACCUGCAAAGCGACGGGUUAUCCGGAGCCGUACGUUAUGUGGCGUCGGGAAGAUGGUGAAAAUUAUAGAUACAACGGUGAAAAUGUGAAUGUGGUCGACGGAGAGGUAUUGUUCAUCACGAAGGUGAGCAGAUUGCACAUGGCGAAUUAUCUGUGCAUUGCCUCGAAUGGCGUGCCGCCUUCAAUUAGCAAGCGUGUCCAGCUGCGAGUGCAGUUUCCGCCGAUGUUGACCAUUCCGAAUCAAUUAGAGGGGGCUUACAUCGGACAGGACGUCGCUCUGGAAUGUCACACGGAGGCCUUUCCAACCUCGAUUAACUACUGGACCACCGAGAGGGGAGACAUGAUUAUCUCAGGUAGCUUUGAUAAUACAAUAGCAGAGCCGAGAAGAAAAAACAGCGACAAGUACGAGGCGGUCUCGAUGGACAGCGGCUACAAAAAGUACAUGAUGUUAAAGAUUAGGAACGUCGGCCCAGGCGAUUUCGGAUCGUACAAGUGCGUGGCGAAAAACUCUCUAGGCGAAACGGACGGAGUCAUCAAACUGGAAGAAAUCCCGGCCCCCACGACCGUACGAACGACUACCCAUUUUCCAACAAUGCCACCCAAAAAGAAAGGUCGAGGUCGCGUUGGCGGCGAUCGACUGGGAAGAGGUGGUGGUGUCGGUGGAGGUUCGGAUCUUAACCGCGUCUCCUCAUCCGACAAGACCUCCGACGACGACUCGAACCCAGAAUACGACUACGAUGGGGAAUUCACGCUACCAUCAAACAGGCCGCCCGCUAUCCAGGACCUUCCUGGAGCAUUCAGCGGCUCCGCUCAGCUUCCGGUUCCAUGCCGGUUCCUGCUUAUUGCUCUGCUAGUCCUGGUGUGUCUUAGGUGAUCCUGCGGCCCCGGCUCCAUGGACACUUACAUAUCCUAUUUGCGAGACUGAGAUAAUACGCUGACUGUACAUACUUGUAUAAACUGUGUUAAAUUCAGCUGAUAUAUAUAUUGUACAUAAGUUAAGGAUUAAAACCCCGAAGCCCCCUUCCGCUCCUGAAAACAAUGGAAACCACCCGAUCCCACCCCUAUGCAGUUGCGCUGAUUUAGUAGCCAUCUAGUUUCUAUAACUGCCUCUCGAGUAGCGUGUGAUAUAAACCAAAUAAUUAUCUAACGUUAACGAAGUAUAAAUAUAUAUAAAUAAAUAAAUUAAUUAAUAAUGUGUAUUUAGGCGAUUAUGAUGAUGUAUAACUCUUCAAUGGAAGAGAGCGAAACGUGAAAUAAAGCUGAUACUUCUUCUC